CAGCCUCUCUUGGCUUUGUCGAGGGGCAAACGCACGUCGCCGCCGCGGCGGGGCGGAAGUGGCUCUUUAGCCAAACCUGCUGGAGACUAAUACACCAAGGAUUAUUGCCGCUGGAAGAGAUCCGUCCCCCUCGUCGUCCUUCCCGCCGACAUGAAGCGGCAGGCAGCCAGGGAGAGUUCGCCUCCUCUUCCUCCGUCGUCCUCCAGGGCGGCCGCCAAGCGACUCCGGGAGAGGGACCGAGAGAGCGGCCGCCGGGAGGAGCUCGCCCCACCGCCGCUGGGUCUGCUACUGGCGGACAGCCGCGGCGGACACCGCCGGAGGAGCCGCAGCCGGGAGCGGGACAAGGCGGCUGCGACGGCCGGACUGCGGCCCCCAGCCAGGGACUACAAGACACUGCUAAUCAGCAACGUAAGCCCGCAGGUACCCGAUGACGACCUGGAGGACGCCCUCUUCCACGAGUUCAAGAGGUUCGGCGAUGUCAGCGUCAAACUGUCACACACGCCGGAACUGGGCCGCAUCGCCUAUGUCAACUUCCGUCACCCGGAGGACGCGAAAGAAGCGCGCCACGCCAAAACGUCUCGGCUACUCCUGGCCGAGCGGCCCCUCAAAAUCGAGCCCGUGUACGUGCGUAGGAGGAGUGUCACGCCUCCCGACGUCACCUACCUGGCCGCCGUGCGCGCGCACGCCCAUGCCACGCACGUCUCCUACCCACCCUACCGCCAGAGGUCACUGUCGCCGCCAGGACCUUCGCUCAGCCUGCGUGAGCUGCGCGCACGCCACUACGCCCUGGAAAGCCUGAGCCGCGAGCGCCUGCUGGACUAUUACGGGAUGCUGGAUGACAGGGGGCGUCCCUAUGGCCUGCCGCCAGUCCCUCAGCCACCGCCGCCUGAUGAUCUGAAACCCGAAGAUGACCAGCGUGCCACAAGCAACCUUUUCAUCGGCAACCUGGACGGCGGGGUCACAGAGGCCGAGUUGAGACACGGCUUCGACAAGUACGGCGCCAUCGAGGAUGUGGUCAUCAAAAGGCCGGCACGAGGCCAGGGCGGCGCCUACGCUUUUGUCAAGUUCCAGAACCUGGACAUGGCCCACCGCGCUAAGGUGGCCAUGCAAGGCCGCCUGGUGGGUGGUCAUCCCGUCAAGAUUGGCUAUGGCAAAGCCAACCCGACCACGCGCCUGUGGGUGGGUGGCUUGGGACCAGCUAACUCACUGGCUGCCCUCGCUCGCGAGUUUGAUCGCUUCGGGAGCAUCCGCAACAUUGACUACGUCAAGGGGGAGAGUUUUGCCUACGUCCAGUACGAAAGUCUGGAUGCGGCGCAGGCAGCGUGCACACAGAUGAGAGGCUUCCCUCUGGGCGGGGCCGAUCGCCGCCUGCGCGUGGACUUCGCUAAAGUGGAAGAGACUGCCGCCCGCCCAUUCGCACCCGUGCAGCUGCUGCCCCAGUACGACACACUGGCUGACGUCUUCGGCCGCCGCCGCAGCCUGGAGCGUGGAGUCAGGGAGCGCAUGUCUCCGUCCUCGCAGAGGGAGCGCGACUUCGCCCCCAGCCCUCCACGGGGCCCGGAGAGGAGGCCGGGCCUUGUGGGGGCAGAUGCCUUUGGGAGGAGCAGCAGGGGCCGGAGUCGCAGCAGGGAGCGCUGGCUGAAGGACCGCGAGGAGAGGCGGGGCCGGAGGCGGAGCCGCAGUCUGUCAGCCGAGCGCGAGAAGGGACGUGGCCGCGCACGGACGUCGCCCGACCUCAGCCCUGACCGCGCCCGCAUCCGGGCGCCCGACUCCACCACGGAGCCACGUGAUCACACGCCCGACGCCAAGGAGGCCGAGUCUCCGACUGCUCGCCACCGCACUAGCAAACAGGCGGACGCCCAUCACCACCGCAACAGCGAGGCAGGAGCCUCGCCCCCCAUACCUGCUGGUGCACCUCCGCUGAGCCCCGGCUCGCUGUCGGAGUUUGCAGCUGCGUCACUAACUAAAUGUUGGCGCGGAGUGUUUGCACUAAAGAACAGCAGCUUCCCGGCCCAACUGUACCUGCUGGAAGGCGGCGCCCCUUUCUUUAGUGCCAUAAUGCGGCGCAAUGGCGAGCCGCUAAAGAUUGCUCAGCGACUCCGCAUGGACCAGAGCCGCCUGGAUGAGGUGGCACGGCGCGUGAAGGCGGGUCGCCCCGAUGCAUUCGCUGUGCUGCUGGCCCUCCAGGGACCUGUGGACCGGCAGGCUGGUGCUCCUGAGGCGGGGCUCCAGGUACGCCUUUUGCGUCACCUGGUGGCCUACCUGCGCAACAAGGAGGCCGCGGGUGUGGUCAGCCUGCCAGGCGCAAAGGAAGGCGGCCCUGGCGCCAUGCUUUAUGCCUUCCCACCGGGCGAUUUCUCGGUGCAGUACCUACAGGCGGCCAAGAGGGCAGCCACGCGUCUGGACGAGGAGCACAUGGUGGUGGUGGUGGUCAAUGACACUAACUGACUUCAAGGGGUUGUCCUGACUCCCAACUGUGAUGCGCUCCAACUUUAAAAAAAAAAAAGAAGAAGCUCCGCCCUCCUUCAUGAAUAAUUAGUUAGUGUGUUGUGUCUCUUUUAACACUACAAAAUAUCUUUGAAUGUUUCAUACUUUUUUGCUUUCAAAUGUGAUUUGAAGUAGGAAGUCAAAAUGUGAGAUGGUGAAAAUAUUGUUUCCCUGGUAAUGUUUUUAAAGGACUAUUUCUCUUUUUUAUGUAUUUUGUUUUUAACAUAUGUUCUCAUGUUAAAGAAAAUGGUAACUCUU